AUGAAGGAUCUAGGAGGCUUGAAAUACUUCUUGGGCAUUGAAGUUUCUCGUUCUCGUGAUGGUAUUUACUUGUCUCAGCAGAAGUAUGUUCUUGAUCUUCUCUCUGAAACUGGAAUGUUGGCUUCAAUACUACUUGUGGCUACAGUUGAACCUGCAGCUGUUGUUAGUGAACCAGUUUUGGAAAUAUACAUGCAUGACAAUCUUAGAGGCAAUAGCCCCAUGGCUAGGCCAAUCAUUGGGUUGCUUGGCAACAUAUACAGCGGUCAAGUUCCCUUUGCAAAGUCGAUAGGGCUCCUUCCUCCAAAUGAUAGGGUGGCUAUCCCUAAUGCCAACAGUGCCAUUUCAACUGUGAAUGGGGCCAAUGGUCUCCCACUAAGAACUGGCUUAUUUGGUACAUCUUUCACUGGAGACCCUAAUGGCUAA